AUGCAGCUUAAACAAGAAAAGAUACUAAAGGAGGUUGAUUCUGAGAAGAUCAACCCCAUACAAACAGCAACAGUUGACGAAGCACUAAAUGCUACAGGCUUUGGCAAGUACAACUUUGGACUGCUACUUGUAUGCAGCUGGACACUGCAGGCUAUGGGCAUGGAUUUAUUCGGCACAAGUUUCGUAGUGGCUGCAGCUGUAUGCGAUUUAGAAUUGACAAUGCAGCAAAGAUCAUUGUUGACUGCUACACCACUUAUUGGAGUUGUUCUCGGCGCACAGCUAUGGGGAUACGUGUCUGAUACGAAAGGCCGUCGGUUGACUCUAGUGCUGUCAAUGUCAGUGGGGUUCGUCUUUUCUUCACUCAGCAGUUUCGCUCCAGACUGGAAGAUCAUGGCGCUCUUGAAACUUGCGUCCUCUACCUUCACUUCAGCAAGUAAUUCUGGCGCCUACACGCUUCUGGGAGAGAGUUGUUCGGAGCGCAGUCGAGGAAGGUCCAUGUUGCUAUGCACUUGCUCCCUUAUGUGUUCGCAAGCUGUUGUUGCUCUAUUCGCGUACCCCAUUUUACCGCUGGAGUUUUCAUAUUGGAUUGAAUUUCUGGGCAUCAACUACCGACCCUGGCGUCUUUUGGCGCUCGUUAUGGCGAUACCGUGCGCCGUCACUGCCUGCCUGUUACAGCUUUUCCAUGAAAGUCCUAAAUUCCUAGUAUCCAGAGGGCAACAAGAUAAGGCUUUGCAAGUAUUAAAGAAGAUCUAUGCUUGUAAUACUGGAGAUAAAGCUGAAAAUUUUCCCGUUAAGAAGCUGAUUGGCCAACCAGAGCAGUCUGGUAAUGAGGGAUCGUUCCUUAGAGUAAUGUGGGAACAGACUUCAGCAUUGUUUAAACCACCUCUACUGAAAACAACUCUGAAACUUUUCUACCUCAUAACCAUAAUUUACAUGACUGGCAGUGGUUUCAUCCUGUGGUUGCCUUACAUCAUGAACAACCUCUUUUCCGUCCUCGAAGCCGGUGGUGGAGAAGGCAUGAACCUAUGCACUGUGAUGCGAUACUCUACAGAGGCCGUUGCUUAUGCUGGAAAUAACACUAUCGUUCAAGACGUCUGUAACGAUAAGAUCCAGGAAACUACUCUUCUGUCAGCUAUGUCGUACGGUGCUUUAGCCAGUUCAAGUAACCUCGUGCUAUCUCUUACUUGUGGCUCCAGGAAAAGAUUGGCCAUGAUUUGCAUCAUCACCGUCUCGGCCUUAGCCGCUAUUCUCCUAAAUGUUGUCGCCAUUCCCAUUGCUGGAGGAAUCUUCUUUUUCUUCUUCCUUCUCUGUGCACUAUCGAUGGGCAUUCUCAGCGUUUACUUCGUGGAACUAUAUCCUACUUCUUUGAGGGGCAUGGCAUCAUGUCUUUCAGUGAUGCUGGGUAGAUCGAGUGCUUUUCUCGGUGUCAACGCUAUUGGAGCCCUGUUAACAGCGAACUGCGAAGCCACAUUUUACGGCUGGGCUGUUCUGUUACUCUCUGCAGUAGUCUUCUCGUGGUUCCUACCAAAAGACAAAAAACCAAACACAUAAGUAUUUGU